AUGGGUAAUAAAGCUGUCCUCAGUGUGAUUUAGGAGUCCCUUUGAUGCCUGCUAGUUUACUGUAUUGGUAUUUCAGGGGUGUUGGCAGUCAGCGGUGAGACUGCACUCCUGGCAUCUCAGAACUGUGGCAGUGAGCUCACCCGGCUAAAUAGCGGGGGAAACACAGCUGAUCUACAAUCGCAUUGGAGCAGCAAUGCAUCACUGGAGUUGAGGCCCUUUAAUGCUCACUGCUGACCCCUGUCUUCAUAGCAUCGUGCUGAUGACCGUUCGUGGUUUAAAGAUCAUAUUUGCUCAUUUUAAAGACUGUGGUUUGGACACCAAACAGCUGAAACUGGAAAUAAUUAAACCAAGGAACUCAGCCUCCCUUGUCCGUACCAGCGGGAGUGGCAUCGGCCAGGAUGAACUAAAACCCAGCCAGGCUGAAGUAGGCAUAAACAAAGAAAAUAUUGAGAAAGGAGAAGAGUGGAAUGUUGGCUUCUUUCAGAUUGGAAGAAUAGAACAAAAUGUUUUGGCAAUCCUGAACCAAGAUGCUAUAGACAUCUGUGUGCAGACUUUGUGUGGAUACAGUUUUCAACUUCUCUGGGUAAACACCAAGGAGCCUGAUUGCUGGAUUGUAUGGAGUUCACUUGAAUCAAAGCAGCUACUGGUAGAGAGCAGUCUUCCCAGGUGGCUCAGCGGUAAAGAAUCUGCCGGCAGUGCAGGAGAUGUGGGUUCGCUCCCUGGGUUGGGAAAGCCCCCUAGAGAAGGGUAUGACAACCCACUCCAGUAUUCUGGCCUGGAAAUGCCCUGGACAGAGGAGCCUGGAGGACUGCAGUCCGUGGAGAUGCGGAAGAGUCAGAUAUGACUCAGUGACUAAACAACAACAACUGGCGGAGAACAGGGGUGCUGCCAGAUACCCUACAACGCACAGGACCCCUUCACAGCAGAGAAUGACGCCAAUCCAGAUGCCGUCAGUGAUAAAGGUAAGAAGCUUUGAGUUAGGUGUUUACAGCUAAUCAAGGAACCAAGGUAAUCAUGACCAAGAACUUAUGACCUUUCAAGAAACUUGGAGCAACUCUCCUCCCCUUUUAGCAACAAUGUGAGACUGACAGAAAUAGCAAAACGCCUUUCCAGAAACAAGACACGUGCAGCCACAGUUAUGUUCCCUUUUCACUCUUCUCCUUGGUUUUCCUGCUGUAGGAUUUUGGAGGCUGGAGGUGAGGUGGUGGUUAUAAUGUGUUUGAAGGGUUCUAUAAUCUGUAGAGAGCUACAUCGACAU